UCCUUUUAUAGUUAACGCGGCGCUGUGAAGCUGUUUUCCGGGUUCACACUCGCUCAGCAUGUAGAGGAGGCGGACCAGCGGGGAGACACCUGGACCAAAGGCCGACAGACCGGAGCCAGCCGCGGGAUCGAUCCCCACUUAUCGAUCAGCUAUCAGCGCAGCAGGAUGGGGAACCUGAUCAAGGUGUUAACGAGAGACAUCGACAACAAUGGUGGAAACUUCUUCCUCGACUUUGAGAACGCUCAGCCCUCGCAGUCAGAGACGGAGGUGUGGGAGAAGGUGAACCAGGUGCUGACGGAGGCUCGGGUCAUUCUGGAGGACCUGCAGGCGUACAGAGGAGCCGGAGAGGAGAUACGUCAGGCCAUCCAGAGUCCCGGUGUAGAGGGAGUUCAGGAGAGAGCUUGGGCUGCAGUCGUUCCUCUCGUCACGAAGCUGAAAACGUUCUACGAGUUCACUCAGAAGCUCGAGACCAGCCUGUGGAGCCUCCUGGACGUCCUCACCAGCUCCGGCUCGACUCCCACUCAGCACCUGGAGCAGAGACAAGCGAUGGCUCGUCAGUUCGCUCACAUCCUUCACUUCACGCUGCGCUUCGACGAGCUCAAGAUGACGAACCCGGCCAUCCAGAACGACUUCAGUUACUAUCGCCGAACCAUCAGCCGCAUGAGAAUCAACAACGUGUCUGCCAACGCAGGGAACGAGGUCAACAACGAGCUGGCCAAUCGGAUGUCUCUGUUCUACGCCAGCGCCACGCCGAUGCUGAAGACGUUAAGCGACGCCACGUCCAAGUUCGUCUCAGACAACGCUGACGUCCCGCUCGAGAACACGACAGACUGUCUGAGCACGAUGGCCAGCGUGUGUAAAGUGAUGCUGGAUACGCCGGAGUAUCGGACCCGUUUCACCAGUGAGGAGACGGUGUUGUUCUGCCUGCGUGUGAUGGUCGGCGUCAUCAUCCUGUACGACCACGUUCACCCGGCCGGAGCCUUCGUUAAGACCUCCAACAUAGACAUGAAAGGAUGCAUCCGAGUGCUGAAGGAGCAGCCGCCCAGCAGCGUGGAGGGAUUACUGAACGCUCUCAGGUACACGACCAAACAUCUGAACGAUGAGACUACCUCCAAGCAGAUCAAAAGCAUGCUGCAGACAAAUUAACUCGACGCUUCUUCAGCAGAACUGAAACUGGAACGACGCAGCUCGACAGAAAAAAGUGUUUUUGUUAUUUUUUUGGGUCCAAAUUUUCAAAAAACAAAGAAACUACUGAACAAACCUUCAGAUUAUACAUCUCUCUUUAACCUCAUGUUUCUGUUUUUGUUUUAAAUUCUCUUAUGAAAGAAUAUAUUUCCUGUUGUUAUAAAUGAUGGAGUGAUUUUUCUCGGUUGAUCCAAGAAGUGUAAAAAUCAGCUGUUUUUGUUCAAGUUGCAUUCACGUCAUGUCGGAUCUAUAACAAACACAAACUAAUAAUAAUAAUAAUAAUAAUAAUAAUAAUAAUAAUAGCACAGUUAACGCUUGUAUUUCUAGUCUCUUUUGCUCGCCGUUACACAUUUCCAGGAUGUUUCGUGCUCCUGUAGCUCCACAAAUAGUUUACUGUUUUAUAAGUUUACUGAACAUCUCAUAAUGACCACUGAAAGAAACAUCGCAACUCACCGCAACACCACGUAUAACUUAGGAAAUACAUGUUGAUAACUUUUCAUGACAGCUUACGAUGAUACUGAGCGAAUUUGAAGUCGGUUAAAUCUUUAGGAGUUUGUUAAAGGUACGAAAGACUGGAAAUGGAGAGAAAUCAAAAUGUCUGACUUCCUGUUGGACUUAGGGUACGGCUCCAAGAGACUUUUUUAUCCAUCUUCACACGAUACAUAUGCACACCGAAUUUUGUUCUUCUACGUCAAUCUGGAGCGAGGGGCUACGUGUUCUAGGGGCGCCAUAGAGACAUUUCGUCACACCUAUUUCUGCAAGUCUGACGUGUUUAGGCUGCCAAAUGCGUUUGUUUAGGAAGAGCAAGAACAAGAACGAAAGAAAUGGUAGUGGCAGUCUAUUCUUAAUAAUCUCUCUGUGAAGACAGAUCAUGGAGACAUUUUAAUCUAAUGCAGGCGUGUCCAAACUCUCCCAUAAACGGUUGUGUGUCUGCAGGUUUUUGUUCCAACCAAUCAAGAGCACACGAUUCAACCAGUCAAAUGUCUGAAGACUCAGUUGAUUAAAUGGGUUAAUGAAAAAUAACAAUGACGAACUAUGGAGAUACGAAAAGGAGACAACUGUCCCUUUUUCCACUUUUCAUUAAUACAUGAUAGGUACAGGUUUUUUAUGUGUCCGACUAGAAUAUUUUACAACCUGUACAAAAAUGUUAAUACCUUGGUUUACAACCCAUAAUAUUCAUAAUAUUCACGUUUGCUUAAAGUCGUGUUUUUAUUUUUCCCUUUUUCAACUGAACAAAUACACGUAGAACAAAAGUAUCUGAAAAGUCUCCACAAGGUACGGAAGACAAAAAAAAGACGACUACCUCAAAUUAAAAGUAAUAAAAAGUAAAAUAGAAACAGAUUCAGAUGAUCAGUUAUUAGUGAGUUUGACCUGCUGUAUGAUGCUUAAUGAUUACAUGAUUACAUUUUUAAUUUACUCUGAAUGUUUUCCGAUAUAUUCCAUUGUUUUUUAGUUGUGUUUUUUCUUUAGUUUAGACUUCCUGUGACUCUAGCAGCACUGCCUUGAGUCUAAAAUCAGUUUUUCACCUUUUUACCUGCUGUUUAAAAACCUCUUCUGUCGAGCUGUUGGGUUAUGUGAAAUUAAGUUUAGUUUAAAGGCUGCUAAAGACAAAAAAUACCCAAUUAUAUGAUAUGAUAGUUGUGGGGAAAAAUAGCCUAAACACGACAUCCUGUUAGAGGUUUUUAUUCUUCUGGGACAAUUUGGCUCUUUAUUGUUCUCUAGAAACCAAGAUGCCUGCAGUUGUGGUGAUAAUCUGUCUCUGAAUAAUAAUAAUAAUAAUAAUAAUAAUAAUAAUAAUAAUGAUAAUAAUAAUAAUAAUGAUAACUGUUGGGUACUGAAUAACUAACUGAGUCAUCAUCAGUCUGGCACAUGACGAAGGAACCUCGUCAGUAGCUGCAGAUGUCUUGAAAGGAAGUCUUCAUAUAAUAUGAGUCAUAUUGUGGUUAAACUAUAAAAAAUGAUUCAUGAAGACAACAAUACAAAGAGGAAUGAUCAUUUUUAGAUCUCAGGAAACACGAUCAGAUGCAUUUUCAGUAUAAUAGAACUUAAAUCCAGUUAAAACAUAGCAGCGGUUCCUCUGAUGUGACGUGAAUGCAGCUUUUAUUUUUUAGCAGUUCGGAUCUGUUAGCCGCCGUUUUCUUGGAGUUUUGUUGUUGUUGUUUUUUUUGUUAAAGGUCUGACGGAUCAACGCCGCGGUAUCGCUUCCACCUCCAGAACCCACAAACCUUACCGCCUUAAGUUUAUAAGACUGAUUUUUAAGUCCUCUGCCGCACUUCCUACCUCAGAAGAAAAAAAAGAAAGAAAGGUUUCUGUGGCCGAGGUUGUAACAUCAGAAUUCAUUUGUCCAAUAUUUACAUUUAUGACCAAAAUACCUGCAGAGCCAAUGACUUCCCCUUCAGCCUCAGCUGGACUUUAGAGUCUCAGUCUGGGUUUAACCUGCUAUUCAGGCUGUUUCCUGGUUCUGGGUUUAAUCAGCAAUGAUUCAUCAAUUAUAAUCGAUUAGUCUGCAUCUUUUAACCUUCCUGUCGUCCUCCCGGGUCAAAUUGAUCCCGUCUGUUUUGACUGUUCCUUCUUUCCUUCCUUCCUUCCGUCUGUCCUUCCUCCCUCCCUUCCUCUCUCUUUCCUUUCUUCCUUCCUCCCUCCAUCCUCCUUUCUUCCUUCCUUCUGUCCUUCCUUCUUCCCUCCAUCCCUUUCCUCCCUUCCCUCCUUCCAUCCUCCCUUCCUUCUUUCCUCCCUUCGUCCUUCUCUCUUUCUUUCCUCCCCAUUACCUUCCUUCCUUCCUCCCUUCCUUCCUCCCUUCCUGCCUCCCUCCUUUCCUUCUUUCUUCCUUCCUUCCUUCCUUCCUUCCUUCCUUCCUUCCUCCCUCCCUUCCGAAGACAACAGGAGGGUUAAAUGAAUUGCCAACUGUUUUGACUUGUUUUGAGUCAUUUUUUAUAGACAACAAACCUUCCAAUUCUUUGCUUCCUGCUUAUUAAAUGUGAAUAUUUUCUGGUUUGUUUACCAGCCUGUGACAGUAAAUUUAACUUUUGUCGUGUUGUUGAUAAAAUGAGACGUUUGAGGACUUUAGGAAACACUGAUCAACAUUUUUCACCAUUUUAAAGACCAAACAAUGAAUCAGUUCAUCCAAUAAUGAAAGUAAUCAUUAAGAUUGCAGUUGAUGUAGUUCUCUGGGUCAUUUGGUGGGAAAGCGUCUGCACAUGCUCAGUAGCCAGUUGACUGGGUGGACUGGAGCCGCUGCUGGUCCCAGUGUGAAGCAAACAAAAACAUUUCAAACUGUUUCCUCAUUUCAUUUUUUCUUUAAUUUCCAGUUUCCACAGUUUAAAUGUAGCCUGACCUGCCUGGUGCAUGAAGCCAUGUAAAACCAGUACAGUCCCAGUAUGAAACUGGCUGCAGAGAGCAGGCAGGAAACGUUGUGGUACUGAUGUGAGGGUCCGACUGGAAACCUGUACAAGCUUCUUUUUAUUUUUUUUAUUUUUUGCUUUGUAUGUUCAUGCUGCAGUGUCAGGGAUUGUAUGGCAUUAAACUGUUGUAAUGAUGUUUGUGAUCGCAAAAUAAAGUUUUUUUUAAG